AUGGCGAGUCCAAAGAGAUCCUUGCUGUCAGGAUUGUGGGAGAAGUUGGGAUUAGAUGGUCCGACGUUGUUGAUGAUGGGAAAGUAUGAGCUACUACAGUUCUGAUUACGGGUUAGUUGAGGAAUGAUGGUGGCUAACUGUUAGUAGGGGAGCACUCCCGGCAGCAAUAUUCACCGCAGCGUAUCAAGCGACCCCCGUGGCAAAAACAUACUCAACCCUCGGUUAUGUAGUCACAAUCAUCGCUGCGUUAUCGCUAUGCAUUCUCCCCCGAGCGAAACUGGUUCAAUUGACGAUUCAGAACUCCGUAAUUCCUUCCUGCCCGUCCGAGAAAAUAUCCCAUAAUGACAAUAUAAGCGAUGCCACAGGUAGCAGUGGCUCUCGCAGCCGCGACGUGCUUGCUAGGAGUCUGGACGGCAACUCGUGCACGAGCUCAUGACCCUUCUCCGCCUGGGCAGGCAUAUAAUGCCUCUGCUUCUGCCGUUUCCGCUGCUUGGCUGUUUGUCACCAUCUGGCUGGCUAAUCUUCUGAGAGCGAGGAUCCCUUCACUCUCAAUCCCAGUUAUCAUGUACACUGUAUUUAUAUCCAUCAUAUUCACCAACGGUGGACUUUACACAAUGUCUGGCGCUAUUAGUACGGUGGUAUUAAUGAUCAAAUGUUUCUUUACCGGAUACGGGCUUUCAUUCGCCGUGGGGAUGGUUAUUUUCCCGGUGAAUUGUCGGGAGAUUUGGUGGAAGAUAUUUGCGGGGUACCUAAUGACCUCUAAAGGGUUAUUGGUAGAGCAGGUUUGGAUAAGGAAUUUUAUUGCUUGGGGGCUGGAGCUGAUUUGGACUCUAGAAAAAUUUCCUGAGACAACAUGAAACAAUGGGGACGGAAGAAGGCAAAAAGUCUGCCAUUGCACUGGCAGCUCUCGAGAAGGCGCAUGCCGAUCUUUUCACCAAAUUAUCGACUGAAUUGCCGAUGGCAAAACGGGAGGUCGCGUUGGGUCGGUUUUUGACGGGUGAUCUUCAGGAAGCAUACCGUCUGAUUCGGGCAACUCUGCUCCCGCUACAAGGAAUGACUGUGAUUUUAGACAUCUUCAAUCGCGCAGCCAGGAUGGGCCCUGACGAGGAUGAAAAAUGCCCUGUGCCAAGGGAAGAGCAACUGUCUGAGGUCAUGAAAACCUUGCACGAGCCGUAUGAGCGGAUAGUGGGAAUGUGUGGUGAAGCAAUCGAGCAUGUCCUUCUGACAAUGAAACUAAAACCUUCUCCUAAAAAGGUCGGGGGAGAUGAAGAAGCGCCGAGUAUUGAACCAGGAGAGGAGGGUUUCUGCCAAACGCUUGAAGAGAAGGUACAAGCAUUUUACAGCACGCGUGCGGGGGAUGUGAGAACAUAUUUCAGUUCAUCUAAAGCCGCUGGGACUUCAGAUACUGCAGGAGGAAUUUCAUCCGGAGUAUAUAUGGAUGAGAAACACCGCAGCGAGCUGUAUCUUGUUCUCUUUAUGGAAUACCUACUCUAUAACGCGGCCAAAUCGCUCCUAGCACUCGCUCGAUUCGCUGAGGAGAAGAAGCAACAGGGCGUGGUAGACCGCACAAGAUUAGUAUAUCCUACCGCUAAACGCUUGAAAAAAUGGCUGGGCUCCAUGGCAUCUAGUCGCAAUGACGAUGUCGUUGAUAUUUCCGAUGUUGGUGCAGUAAAAGUUUCAGGGCUUGACGGGAUAUCACCAAACAGGGAUCCCGAGCACUUGGCUGCUGGAAAUUCCUUGCAAAAACUCGGAAACCUGAUCGCAAUUUUUACAGAGAGUAUUAGUAGCAGCGAGAGCAGCUUUGGGCUUAGGGUUGCUUGCGCUACCCUUGCUGCUGCAUUGCCGGCUUAUUUCGAGGUAUGGUAACUUACGUUCUCCACCGUGAGACCGUGCAAGUGCUAAUUGGCAUUGAAGUCAAGUUAUGUUUUCUUUAUUGAAAAGAGACUGGUGUGGGCGUCGAUAGUAAUAGCAAUUGGAAUGUCGCCUACCUCUGGGGCUUCGGUAUGCUGCAUCGCCAAUUGCCGCCAUGCGUGCAAACUGACCAAUAUAGUUGAUAGGAUUUGUUGGAAAAAUUGCGGCAACAGCAAUUGCCACAACACUUGCACUGAUAAACUGGUAUAUUGUGGAUGGUAGAACAGCGUUAGUCCCUACGCUCCAACUGUGUAUAGAAAAUAACUGACUCGGAUGCAGGGGGGUAAUAUCGUUUAUGUGGUUCUUCAUCGCGAUCCGUGAGUAAAAGUCCGCUCCGCGAGCUGUAUCUGGGUAAAGCUAACGUGUACACAGAAUUUUACUUUGUCAUCAAGUACCCAAACAUGAUACAAAGCACGCUGACAGCACUGGUCACACACAUUAUCAUUAUCGGUAUGAACCCGAGUGACAUCAAAUGGAUUAUUCUUUCCAUAUGAAACUAACUGGGGGAACCAAAAAAACCUCUUACAGGUUACGAACUCCAAGUUCGCAAAAUCGGUGACAAAGCCUCAACACGAAGUGGUCAGCCCAUCCUCUCUAUCAACGAAAUAGGACCCCACCGUCUACUUGUAACCAUAGGAGGUCUCUGCGUAGCAAUGAUAUUCACAAUCCUCCCAUAUCCAACCACAACCCGCAGCUUAAUCCGGAGCUCCGUGUCGUCAUCCCUCUUCUUACUGGCGAGGGCAUACAGCACAACAUUCUCACUCCUCCAAUUAAGAAUCCACGGCACAGCCGGCGACGUGUCGAACAAGAACUCGCCAGGGCGAAGAUACGAAAAAACCCAUGUAAAACUCCUCACAGAGUCCUUCCUAGCAAACGACUUCCUUCGCACCCAGAUAGAGUUCACAAUGUACGAACCCUCACUCCGAGGCCGCUUUCCGAGGGAACAGUACGACGGUAUAAUAGAGGGCGUGCGGAACAUAACCAACUACCUAUCUAUAAUAUCCUACGCUUCAAAACCCUUCUCCAUGGGCGGUGAAUGGGCGGAGGAUCUAUCAACGCUGCUCAGAAACGUCGAUACCCAGAUGCACCAAAUCACAAGUCUGCUCUGCCUCCUGAGCGCGAGCCUAGCGAGCGGCAACCCCCUACCACCUUUCAUAAGCCUACCAGAGCCUUUCCGGCUAGCGCGGGCAAUGGAAGAGAGGGAUGGGGGCGUCAAGUUGGAUCACCUCGUCGAGCCGGGAUUCGUGGCGUUCGCGGCUGUGCAAGUCGCUAUUGGGGUUAUGCGCGACGAUCUUGUUCGGGUUAUUGGGAUGGUCGAGGAAUUGGUGGGCAGAGUGGAGUUUCCGGAUGAGAGGAGUUUUUCGGGCGACUUGAAGGUUAAGCUACCUUGAGGUGGUGGCGAUUUGAGUUUCUAUUGAUUCUUUUGGUUUCACGGGUUUCGAGUGGGAGGGUGAAAUACCCCAGCUAUUUUCAUUUUUCCAUGAUGUUUCAUUCAUUGAUGAGUGAUUUUGUGUGAUUAUUGAGCAGAAUUUUUCUGCUUAUUUAUUUUGUAUAUUGGGGAUGAAUUGGAAAGGGUAAAAAG